AAUGGCUGAAUCAGGGCUUCAGAACUGCCGAACUUUCUUUCGGUUUCCCUGUUAAGUUAUUAUUAAUUUAAUGUGAUUGUGGUUAGUUAGUGACCAAACGUCAAUUAAACCAAUUAGUGAUCCAAGGGAAUUUAAAGCUUUGUUUCAGUGAAGUUAUAAUUCUCGUGGCAUUUUAAAAUUAUUGCGUAGGCCUAGGCUAGCUGUAACUUACAUCAACAACUUGUGUCCUGUCUGCUUUUUCAGUGCAUUGAAGGAAAAGUAAAUGGAAUAAAGGCAUGGUGUUGUCUUCAUACGAUGUCUGUUCAUUAUAAGUUCAAGUCAGCAUUGAAAUACGAUACCAUUACAUUUGAUGGCCUCCACAUUUCCGUUAAAGAUUUGAAGAGAGAUAUUUUGCAACAAAAACAGAUUGGAAAAACUGGUGAUUUUGAUCUGCAAAUAACUAAUGCUCAGACAAAUGAAGUUUAUCAAGAUGAGAACACUUUAAUCCCCAAGAACUCAGCACUCAUUGUUGUCAGAGUACCUCUCACAGCACAGCAGAAACGCGCUUGGGACAGACAAGAAGCCAACCAGCAGUUGGCAGGACUUAAACACGUUAAUCCAAACAUACCAUUGACAUAUCAAGAAGGUCAAGAUCCUCUGGUUCAGAAACUUGCCAAGGCUGUGGACUUGUCCAGUCUCGACGCCAGUGAAGAUGACAAGAUUGCGGCGAUGAUGACACAGUCCACCCAAGACUAUGAUCCAGUCAACUAUGCUCGUAUCAGAGGAACAACACAGGUAGGAGAAGUGCCCCCCAACUACAGGUGUUACAAGUGUCAUCAGGCUGGACAUUGGAUCAAGGAUUGUCGCUUAGGACAGAAUCAGGAGAAUCAGCCAGAGAUCAGGAAGAGUACAGGGAUUCCCCGGAGUUUUAUGGUUCCAGUGGAAGGUCCUCAAGUACCUGGAGCCAUGAUGACCCCUACUGGACAGUUUGCUGUACCGUCGAUUGAUCGCCAGGCUUACAUAGAAGGGAAGAAGCCCAGCAUGCCUCUAGAGGAGGUGGAAGCUAAGCCGCACAUACCAGAGGAGCUGGUGUGCCCCAUCUGUCAUGACCUGCUCACAGACACUGUUAUGAUUCCUUGCUGUGGAUGUUCAUUCUGUGAUGAAUGCAUACGCACGGUGCUGCUGGAGUCUGAGAACCACAAGUGCCCAGACUGUGGUGAGAUCGGUAUCUCUCCGGACACUAUGAUACCCAACCGCUACUUGCGUAAAAGUGUGGACACCUGGCUGAACAAGACCGGGUACCAGCGAUCACAGCCAGUCCGAGCCCUCGAGCCUCCUCAGGGACAGAGCAUACAGGCCCUGGGCAACAACAGGCCUCCGGAGGUGAUCAACCUUGUCGAGACUCCCGACGUUGACUCUCCCAGAACCAACAGACCAAUGCACAAUAACUCAUCCAAAGAGAGGGAUAGAAUACCACAGUAUUCUCAACCGGAUAGGUCUGCCACUCCGACUGUUGAUGAGAGAACCACACUUCCUGACACUUCAGUACCUCCUCCAGUCAACACUUACCCGAUAACCUCAACUGCUUACCCACCGGCCAACUACGGUCCUCCGCCAGGUUAUGGUGGUCCUCCACCAAACUAUCCGAGAGUUCCGUUGCCGUACCCCAAUCUGGGUCCUGGUCCGACUCCCAGCUACCCUCCUGUGGAGCCAAGAGGGAACAUGCGGCCAGGAUACGGCAGACCCUAUAUCCGGAGAGGAGGCAGUCGGAUACACGGAGGGUACCAUGACAGAAAUAAUCUGCCUCCAGGGGCCAUCGACGAUCCGUUGUCGGCUUUUGAGAAGAUUUUGCGAGAGAAGGACAAAGAACGGGAACGCAUCAGGAGGCGCAAACGCUCAUUCUCACGAUCUCUCAGUCCUCGACCGAGAUCAAGAGCUUCUAGGUCUCGCUCUCCUCCUUUACAUCAUCGGAAAAGGGGCACUGUUUCCCCGACCCCCCCACCAGUUCGGCAGAGGUCGAGGACCCGAACACGCAGUCCCUCUCCCCCUCCCCGCCGCCACUCCCCCUCACCUGUGUCACACCCGCGCGGCGCUCGGUCACGCUCACUGCACCGCAGCCGCAGCAAGUCGCGCACUCCGCCACGCAGGGAGGUGAGGUCAAGGUCGAGGACCCCUGUAAAGCGACGCAGCCCGUCGUUCACUAUCAGCAAAUUUGUUCACAGAUCCCGUUCUCGUUCAUUCUCCAGGACUCCGUCGCCAAGAGAUAGACACUUUUCACCUCGCAGAAGAGAUGAACGAUUCAGAAGCCCUCUCCAGGGUAGAAACUCUCCUCAGAGGUUCCACAGUCGACGUCGGCCGCCGGAUGACUAUGAACCUACUUUCUACGAGAACCGCCGCGGGGGCCGGACACGGGGCUAUCCCCGAGACCCUACCUACUUCACAUCCCCUGUCAGGUAUGAAACUAGAUAUGAUGAUCGAGGUCGCGGCUAUCAGCAAGGAUCUUCCAGACCAGAAACAAGUCGGUAUAGCAGUAGGUCUAGUCGAUAUGAUAACUACAAUGAAACAGUGCCGCCUGGCACAGAGACGAGUGGCAACUACGAUCAAUACCCAGCUGAGUACUCAGAACGGCGUGUCACUGUCGUCUCAGACAAGCGAGAUCGUGACAGGGAGAGAGAAAGGGAAGCAGCUGCCAGGGAUUGGGAACGGACGAGGGAUAGAGAGCUGGAGACUAGAGAAAAAGAGAGGAUGAGAGAGUAUGAAGAAUAUCAUCGUGGAUAUCGUAACACUAAAUCAUCUAGCCCCAGGAAGAGAAGAUCCCAUGAACGUGGCAAAGAAAAUAAGAGAGGUGAAGGUGAAGCUAUAGAAGCGAUUAAUCUCAGAGAUCAAAACAUGGAGCAGUUUAAGAACUCCGAGCCACCGCAUGCCACAACACUCAGCACUAGAGUUCCAGUACUGGUAGAUCUAAAGAAAGAACCGAGUGAUGAGCGGGAGAAACGAAAGGAAAAAGAGAAAGAAGAGUUUGCAACUCCAAUAAAAGAGAAGGACAAAGAAAAGAAAAAGGAAAAAGACAAAAAGAAGAAAAAAGAAGGAGAGAAAAAGGAGAAGAAAAAGAAACGCAAGGAAAAGAAAGAUAUUGUUGAAAAGACUAAGUUAGAGCCAGUAAAAACCAUUGAAGGAAAACCUAUAGUCGUUGCAGCGAAAGUAGAUACAAACCCGAUAGAUCCCUUGUAUGGUGAUAUAGAAGGGACAUCUGUUGAUAAAGAGGUUGUGCAAAACUAUGGUAAAGUUGAGCAGAAAGGUAAUGAAGGUGAUGGUAAUGUUGAGAGUACAAAACAAGCUUCUGAAGUUAAAGAAAAUGUUGUUUUAGCUCCCGUUCCAGAGUUGUCUAAAUGGGAACUUGAUGAAGACCUUCUGAGUCAGGAUGAUAAGAUGAGUAGAGAAGAUGGUUACAAUUCCACAGAAAAGAAGGUUGUUACAUCAGAGGUUUUGAAAAGGGCUGAAAAUGCAAUCUUUCAAAAAGCAAUUAAUGCCAUUAGGCCAAUUGACAUCAAAAAAGGGACAUCAUCUGAAAAAAUCCCUGAAAAGGUAAAGGAAAGAAAAGACAGCAAAGAUGCGCCACCAAAAGACCAGCCUGCUCAGGAAAUAGUGAAUGUUUCCCCUGAAACUACUACAAAUGACUCAAGGGAAGCGAGAAAAGUGGCGAAUUCAAUUCAAAUCACAAUUCCGAGUCAUCAGUCUAAAGCUCCAGAGAGAUCAGUUGAAAUAGCUUCUACUGCUAUUUCAAUUGAUUCAUCAGACCCCUUAAAGUCUAGGUCACACUCAGAGAAACCAAAGGUAGCAUCUGUUCCAGUUAUACCAAACUCUCCUGUUAGAAAAUCUGCCAAAGAAAGGCUUGGAGCCAAAAUAGAAAAUGACAGGGAGGAGAUCCGUAGGGUUCGCAGCACUGUAGAACGGAAGUCCAGAUCUAGAACACCUAAGAGAUAUUUAGACAGAAAAUUUAGCGAUAGAGAAAAGCUUAGAGAAAUAAGUCCUGGUGCUAGAAGAGUUGUUGUGAACACCAGUUGGUCAAGAGAAAGAGAAAGAGAUGAAACCCGAAGGAAAGCAAUUGAAAUUAACAAAAGCGUAGAAAGAAAAGUAGAAAAAAUUUCUGAUAAAGAUAAAGAGAGGAGAAGAGAAAAACGUUCAAGAAGUUCCAGUCGUGAAAAAAAGCUUAAAAAAGAAAUGAAGACUGAAAAAAUUAUUAUUAGAAAGCGAGAAGAGAAGCCUGUUGAAAGGCUAGUUACCGUAAAGGUGGACCAGACAAAAGAUCUCUCAGAAAAGAAAGGGAGGAAGAAUCCCAGAUUGUCCAGCGAUAGGAGAAAGUCAGCUUUGGAUGAGGCAAAUUUUGAACCGGAUUAUGAUGCAUCUGAACCUGAAUCAGAACCAGAAGUUCCCGGCGAAGAGAAAAGCCUGUUAGUGACACUCUCUCAUUCGUCACCUCCAAAGAAACGAUCAAGAUCUCCAAGUAAUGAAAAAGAGAAGAAAAAAUUGAAAUCAGAGAGUGAGAUCGAGCGAACUACUGAUUUAAUGUCCAAAGUUAAAGACCUUGAAAAAGUCAAGAAGAUAGAACCAGAGACUGAUGAAAGUUCGGAUUCAAACUCCAGUUCUGACUCUAGUUCUGAUUCAUCAAUUGAGAGGAAAAAGAGAAAGAAAAAGAAGAGUAAGAAAAGAAAGAAAAAGAAAUCAAGGAAGAGGAAAGAAUCAAGCAGUGAAUCAGAGAGCAGCGAAUCUAGCUCCAGUGACAGUGAUUCAGGGAAGAAGAAGAAGAAACAUAAGCAUAAGAAAAAGAGCAGCAAGUCGAAGAAAAGGAAGAAGUCAAAACAUAAGUAAACCAUCAAAAUCCUUAAAAGUUAACAGUUUUGAGUAAAGACAUACUAUUAUACGUCUUUGAAAAGGAGGGACCUUUUCUAAAGAGGUGUAAAUUUUAGUAUUAAAAUGGUAUAUACUAAUAAAGUGUGAGUAUAAAGUGAUCAAUUGGUUAUUCCAUUCUUACUAUUCUUUUCAUGUAGAAACACAACAUGUAGGUUUCCCGUGUUCUUAGUAUAUUUCAUUUUUGUAAAUAUGAAUUUUUGGGGAAAAAUAUUUUGACGUUAUAUCAAUGUAACAAAAUUGUAAAAGGUCUACAAUGGAGGGGGUGGUUUUGUUUAAUAAGCAGAUUGUAUAGUUUGGAUUUUAAAACUUUUUAAAUAAAUCAUUCUUAUUUGUUAAAGCCUUAAAAAUUUACAAAAAAAUGACAUGCAUGUUUUUAUAUUGCCUAUAUAUCUAGUGUGAUAAGCUGUUUUACCUUAUGAAAACAAAUUAUUUGUCUCCUAUAAAACUGCAAUUUUUUUAAUGUUUAAAAAUUAUCUUUUUAAAAUUGUUAUUUUCCAAAUCAUACCAUAUUUUUCAUUUCAGCUCAUGGCAAACCAUUUAUAGUGUAAGGAAAUUCUUUAAUUUCUGAGUUUUCUAAUUUAUGAUGUGUAUAUUUGAAUAGUUAAAUAACAUGAAAUUCUAUCCUAUAAUGCUUGUGUUGAACAAUGAAAAUAAAUACUUUAAAAAAUG